AUGUCCUCGCUUACAAAUUGUAGCUGGCCCAACUCCCUUUCCGACGUCACAGCGUCCACAGAAGAUCUCAACAAGGACAAGCCAGUCCCUCAUCUCGAUUUUGUGCCUCCUAUAGCAGCUGUGAAGGUCAAAGCCUUCUCGGAGCCGUGGCCGGGCGAUAACCCCACGAAAUCUCAGAGAACAGAGUACAUCAACGCCUACCUCGUUUGGGCACGGCCCGAGGACCCAGCCCUACAAGUGGCAGUACAAGGCCAAGCUCGGGCGAGAAUUGUGAGGGCUCUCCCGAUGAUCCAAGCAAAAGAUUGGACUGAGGCGGAGACUGAUCACUUACAUUAUCUCAUCGACGAAGAAUAUUGGCGUCUCUGGCGUAAGUUCCCCAACCACUCUUUCAAGAAUCUGAAUCCUGCUGACUAUUUUAUCCGCUCAGUGGAAGACGUUGAGCCCAAGCCUUUGUGGCCUUGGACGCACCCCGAGCCCGUAUUCUUUACGUUCAAUGAAAGCUCCCGUUGCUUCAUCCAUCAUCCCCUCCAAACACCCCGGAGAGUCCGAGGUAGUACACUAUCAGAGCUACCAUCUCGCUACGACUUGAACAUCAAAACCAACAGCGACACUCACGAUGCAGAGCCGAAUGUUCCUGCGACAGGUCACGGUCUCUCUCGAGCGCUGCAGUGGCUGGCCAGUUUUGGUCUAGGCUUGUGA